AUGGAAUUGUUCUGCAUUAACCAGUUUCUUGAGGGCAAGACCAUUUUCAUCUCUGGUGCAACGGGUUACCUAGCAAAGAUUCUCACCGAGAAGAUACUCCGACUCCAGCCACAUGUCAAGAGGCUCUACUUGUUAAUUAGAGCUCCAAAUUCAAAUUCAGCUAAAGAGCGUUUCAACAACGAGGUACUAUCAAACUACUAUAUGAUCAGUUCAAAGGAAAAGUUGGGCCCAGACCUACAUGGCUUUAUAGAAGAAAAGGUUUUCCCAGUUGCUGGUGAUAUAGCUUGUGAUGGUGAUAGUUUGGGGAUAAAUUCUGAGCUGAAAGAUGAGAUGUGCAGAGAAAUAGACAUAAUUGUAAACUCUGCUGCAACAACUAGAUUUGAUGAAAGGUAUAGAAUACUACGCGCUUUUUGCAAAUAUGAUACCGCAAUAAGGAUCAAUACACUGGGUGCCGUAAAUGUUGUCAAAUUUUCCAAGCAGUGUACAAAACUAAAGAUGCUUCUCCAUGUAAGCACAGCCUGUGUUUGUAGCGAAAGGGAAGGAUUGAUACUAGAAAAGCCAUUGAACUAUGGCGAGACGCUUAAUGGAAGCUCUCGCUUAGACAUUGACGUGGAGAAAAAGCUGGUAGAGGAGACACUGAAGGACCUUCAAGGUAGGAAUGCCACCGAAAAAGAAGUUACUUUAGCUAUGAGAAUUUUAGGUAUUGAGAGGCUACAUGGAUGGCCAAACACAUACACAUUCACAAAAGCAAUGGGAGGGAUGCUUUUGGGACACCUCAAGGAGGAUCUCCAACUCAUAAUCCUCCGGCCAACAAUUAUAUUAAGCACCUACAAGGAGCCAUUCCCUGGAUGGAUUGAAGGAUACCGUGGAGUGGACACCUUCAUUGUUGGCUAUGGCAAAGGAAAACAGAAUGUUGCGCAAGUUUGCAUCAGUUAUGUGAUUCCAGCCGAUAUGGUUGUGAACUCAGUCAUCGCGGCUAUGGUAACCCAUCGAGUUCCAUCUUCCCAUACAGCUGUUUACCAUAUUAGCUCCUCUAGGAGGAAUCAACUAAAACUUGGUGAUGUCGUACAAUUUGUCGUUGAUUACUUCAAGAAGAAUCCAUGGAUUGACGAAAGAGGAAAGCCUAUCAAAGUGAAGAAAUUUCAUUUACUGGAUAGCACGGCUAGCCUUCACAAAUACAUAGCAAUCCGCUACAUGCCAAUACUAAAUAUAUUAAAGUUAGCAAACUUGAUACUUUUCCAAUAUUUGCAAGCUGUGUCCACAACCUUAGAAAGAAGUAUCAAUCGCGCCAUUCGACUAGCUGAACUCCACAAACCUUACGCACUCUUCAAAGGAAUUUUCGAUGAUACCAAUGCUGAAAUAUUGCGAAUGGCAACAAGAGAAAUUAAUGCAGAUGAUACAUUCAACUUUGAUCCAAGAACCAUUCAGUGGGAAAAUUACUUGAAGGAGAUUCAUAUUCCCGGAUUAGUGAAGUACAUUUUCUAG